AUUGCCCUGUAAGGUAAAUCAGUUAAAAUCAACCUCUCCUGCCCUGAGUUGAUAGGUAGGGUUAGGGUUGCCAGAUGUCACAAAGUUACAGGAUGCUCAGUUUUAGGGUAUAUCCCUUAUUCUAUAAGGGUUACAGUAAAAAAUAUUCAUUAUGUGAAAUUCAAAUAUAACUGGGUAUCAGGUAUUCUAUGUGGCAACCCUAAGUAGGGGAGUACGGGUAAGGCAAGAGAUUAGAAGAUUUGCAGUCUCGAAGGUUUCUGCACCUCGAUGGGACACUAGAAAGGAAGGCUUCUGGGCCUUUCUGGCUCUGGGAAUGAAGCGUGGAAAACCCUCCUUACGCGGGCGCAGUGCUUCAAGCAGCCAAGCCCUGACUUCCGAGGGAAGAAAGGAGGCCAUGGGCCUCUGCCAGAGCCCUUCUCUGAACUCUAUGGUCAGCAGAGUUCAAAACGACCUGCGAGGUCUGGCGCUUAGCUCCUAAUGGGGUCUCCAGUCCAGCGGCGACGGCCAGCGGCUAGACGCCAUCCGCCCGACUCCAAGAUGGCGCCCGCCACAGCUGCCAGGUGUUAAGAUGGUGGCGCGGGGCCGCGCCCGCGCUCCCACACUCUCCUCCCCCAGCCUUCCUCGGGCUGGUAGCACGACUCGCGUAGCCGUGCGCGGGUUGCCUUUCGACCUGGGCAGUGGUCCUGGCUGCCGGUCGACGACCGCCCCGCGUCAUGCGGCUCCUCAGCUGGUGGCAAGUACUGCUGUGGGUGCUGGGGCGUCCCGUCCGCGGCGUGGAGGUUGCAGAGGAAAGUGGUCGCUUAUGGUCAGAGGAGCAGCCUGCUCACCCUCUUCAGGUGGGGGCUGUGUACCUGGGUGAGGAGGAGCUCCUACAUGACCCGAUGGGCCAGGACAGGGCGGCAGAAGAGGCCAAUGCGGUGCUGGGGCUGGACACUCAAGGCGAUCACAUGGUGAUGCUGUCUGUGAUUCCUGGGGAAGCUGAGGACAAAGUGAGUUCAGAGCCUAGCGGCGGCACCUGUGGCGCUGGAGGAGAGGAGGACUCAAGGUGCAACCUCCGAGAGAGCCUUUUCUCUUUGGAUGGUGCUGGAGCACACUUCCCGGAUAGAGAAGAGGAGUAUUACACAGAGCCAGAAGUGGCGGAAUCGGACGCAGCCCCGACAGAGGACUCCAAUAACACUGAAAGUCUGAAAUCCCCAAAGGUGAACUGUGAGGAGAGAAACAUUACUGGAUUAGAAAAUUUCACUCUGAAAAUUUUAAAUAUGUCACAGGACCUUAUGGAUUUUCUGAACCCAAACGGUAGUGACUGUACUCUAGUCCUGUUUUACACCCCGUGGUGCCGCUUUUCUGCCAGUUUGGCCCCUCACUUUAACUCUCUGCCCCGGGCAUUUCCAGCUCUUCACUUUUUGGCACUGGAUGCAUCUCAGCACAGCAGCCUUUCUACCAGGUUUGGCACCGUAGCUGUUCCUAAUAUUUUAUUAUUUCAAGGAGCUAAACCAAUGGCUAGAUUUAAUCAUACAGAUCGAACACUGGAAACACUGAAAAUCUUCAUUUUUAAUCAGACAGGUAUAGAAGCCAAGAAGAAUGUGGUGGUUACUCAAGCUGACCAAAUAGGCCCUCUUCCCAGCACUUUGAUAAAAAGUGUGGACUGGUUGCUUGUAUUUUCCUUAUUCUUUUUAAUUAGUUUUAUUAUGUAUGCUACCAUUCGAACUGAGAGUAUUCGGUGGCUAAUUCCAGGACAAGAGCAGGAACAUGUGGAGUAGUGAUGGACUAAAGAAGUUGGAAAGAGGAACUUCAAUCCUUCGUUUCAGAAAUUAGUGCUACAGUUUCAUACAUUUUCUCCAGUGACGUGUUGACUCGAAACUUCAGGCAGAUCAAAAGAAUCAUUUGUUGAACAACUGAAUGUAUAAAAAAAAUUAUAAACUGGUGUUUUAACAAGUAUUGCAAUAAGCAAAUGCAAAAAUAUUCAAUAGAGUGGACUAUUCUUGUUUUUACUGCAUGAACUUAAUCCAGUAUUUGAAAAGUAAUCCAGUUUGAAAUGUGAAGAUGUAUUCUGGUAGAACAGUGAGUAGAAUGACAUGCUUACUAUACAGAAGGCAAAAAUAGGACUCUCAGAUAAUAGUUUUAGGAAACCCUUGAUUUUUUAUAUAUGUUUAAGAAGGUUAGUUUUCUGUUUCUUUGCAAUUUUUCUUCCAGAGUCCAUAGCAGGAAAGUAUGUAACGAGAAUUGGUUAGUGUGACCCCCUCAAGUAGCAAGUGAUGGAAAAUAAAAGAAUCAAAUACCUUGA